AUGGAAUCCACAUGUGAAACUAAUCAACUUUUCCUUCACUCAUCUUCCUCGUUACUUCAACGUUGGCAAUAUGAUGUCUUUUUGAGUUUUAGAGGUGAAGAUACCCGAAAAUCCUUUACAGAUCAUCUCUUUGCGGCUUUAAAUCGAGUCGGAGUUUAUGCCUUUAGAGAUGCAGAAGAGCUCCGUAAAGGAGAGGAUAUCUCCACUGACCUCACUAAAGCAAUUCAAGAGUCUAGGAUUUCCAUCAUCAUAUUCUCCAAAACUUAUGCUGCUUCUGGGUGGUGUCUUGAGGAAGUUGUAAAGAUAGUUGAAUGUAAAGAGGCCAAUCAGGCAAUUUUUCCAGUGUUCUAUGAUGUCGAUCCCUCUGAGGUCCGCAAACAAUCUGGCAAGUUUGGUGAUGCAUUAACUUUACAUCAACAACGAUUUGGAGCAAAAAAAAUUUGCCAAUGGAAAGCAGCUCUAACUAAGGUUGCAAAUUUUUCUGGUUGGGAUUUACAGAGUGAUGCUGACGGGUAUGAGUCAAAGCUUAUUGACAAAAUUGUGCAAAAGGUUUUGCAAGUAUUGAACCAUACAUACUUGAAUGUUGCAAAAUAUCCUGUUGGAGUUCAUACUCGUGUUAGAGAAAUACUUUCUUUAUUAGAAAGUAAAUCAAAUAAUGAUGUUCGUAUGAUUGGGAUUUAUGGCAUUGGCGGGGUAGGAAAAACAACCUUAGCAAAAGCCGUAUUUAACCAAAUUUAUAGGGCAUUUGAAGGUAGUUGCUUUCUUGAUGUUAGAUCAGAAUGUUCAAAGGGAGGGAGUGCAUGUUUAAACCAAUUACAGAAGCAACUUCUUUGUAAAACUCUCAAAACGACAAGAUUUGAAGUUGAUAAUGUUGAUGAAGGAAUAAGUUUAAUCAAGUUAAGACUUGGAUUAAAAAGGCUUCUCAUUGUUGUUGAUGAUGUAGACCAUGAAAGUCAAUUAGAUGCAUUAGUCGGAGAGUGCAAUUGGUUUGGUUCAGGCAGUAUCAUUAUCAUUACAACUAGAAAUGUUGAUUUGCUAAAUGGCCUUGGAAAUGGUUAUGAGAAGUAUAAUGUUGUGGUGUUAAGCUCCAUGGAAUCUUUGGAGCUCUUUAGUUGGCAUGUUUUUAAAAACUCAUAUCCUAAUUUGGAGGGUUUUUUAGAACUAUCAAACACCAUAGUAAGUUAUGCUAGAGGGCUUCCAUUGGCACUUACUGUUUUGGGCUCACAUUUUCAUGCAAGAUUAUCAAUUCAACAAUGGAAAGAUGACUUUGAGAAGUUAAGAAGGAUUCCUCAUAAAGAUGUUUUGAAGAUUCUUAGAAUUAGUUAUGAUGCACUUGAAAAAGAUAUUCAAAAAAUCUUUCUUGAUAUUGCUUGUUUUUUUGUGAGUGGAAAUUUCUACAAAGAAGAAAUUGUUAAGAUAUUAAAUGGCUGUGGUUUCUUUGCUCAAAGUGGAAUUACAACUUUAAUCAAUAGAUGCCUGUUAGGGGAAGGCCUUGAUAUGCAUGAUUUAGUUCGAGAUAUGGGAAGAGAAAUUGUUCGUGAGGAAUCUCUUAUGCAACCUGAAAAAAGAAGUAGAUUGUUUUUCAGUGAUGAAGUUUUGGAUGUGCUCAUGAACAACAAGGGUACUGAAGCAAUUGAAACAAUGAUUAUAGAUCUACCCGAGAAUGUGAAUUUGAGUACUGAGGUAUUCUCUAAAAUGACUAGAUUAAGAGCACUUAAGAUCUUAUCAAUGAAUAUUAAGGGACCUUUAAAAUACUUAUCCAAUGAACUUAGAUUGCUUUAUUGGAAAGAUUGCCCUUUGAGACGCAUAUCAUCUGAUCUUUGCCUAAAGAAACUUGUUAUUUUAGAAAUGAAAAACAGCAGCAUUGAAGAAUUUCAACCCAAUUUACAGAAUUUUAGAUGCUUGGAGAUAUUAAGGCUGGAUGGUUGCAAGCAACUUAAAAGAGCCCCAAAUUUUGAUGGUGCACAAAGUCUAAAGGCAUUGUCCUUUUAUGGUUGUUCAAAGUUCGUUGAAUUGUCGCAAUCAAUUGGAGAUCUACAAAACCUUGUUAAGUUAGACACGAGAUGGUGCAGAAAGCUCAAAGCGCUUCCUAAUAGCAUUUGCAAGUUGAAAUCUCUUAAAUGUCUCAAUUUGGAAGGAUGCUCCAAAAUAAAAGAAUUGCCUACCAACUUGGGAAAAUUGGAGCAACUAUGUAUGCUUAAUGCUAGAGGAACUUCCAUAUCAGAUUUACCUUCUUCUUUUGGAUCUUUGAGAUAUCUCAACUAUGUGGCACUAGGGCAGAAGUAUCCGUUUGCGGAAUGGAAUUUUGCUAUGGAACAUAAUGAGUGUUUGACAUCUUCAAAUGCUAAUUUAUUUCCCUUCUAUGGUCUAGGGGCUCCUUACCAAUGUUUACAACAUAUGUUACAACUUCAUAAGAGUCAUGGAAGUUAUUUAGCCUCAUUGUUGACACACUUACAUCUUAACCAUAGUAACUUUGAUACCAUACCCUUUGGCCUUUGUAAUAUUCCCCAGCUAUAUGAUCUCAGAUUGAACAAUUGUCAAAAUCUUCGAGUGAUUCAAAAUCUUCCACCUAGCCUACUUUAUCUCUCUGCAAAGGAUUGUCCCUUGUUGGAAAAGGUACAAGAUCUAUCUGGCUUAUCAAGGCUACAACACUUGGUUCUUCCUAACUGCAGUAAUUUGGUUGAGCUUCGAGGCGUGGACAAUCUUGUUUACAAUGAAGAAUUUGAUAUAAGAAAUUGUAGCGCUCUAACAAGUAAUUCUUGGACGUCUGUGAACUUGUUCAAGGCACGAUUUCAAAACCCAAACCCUCAAUGGUUUAUAGUGAGAGCUUCAAAAGACAUGGUCCAAGAAUACUUGUGCAGCAGUGUAGUUGCUGGAUCUUCAGGCUUGCCAAUCACAGAUAAACAGUCCAAGUUUGAGGACGAAGCUUUCUGCCUGGAGAAUAAUGCUGAUCCUGGGUGUGAGUUCAGAUUAUUAUAUGAUCAUUUUACAGAGCCCAAUAAAAUCGAAGAGUUAGAGGUGGUUGUAGAGAUUGAUUCACUUGAGGAAGGAGUGGAAGACAAUUUGAGUAUAGAAACAUGUUGUAUAGUACAUGAAGAAGAGGGUGAUGAGGUAUUCUUCUUGCCUAUUAACCCAAAGAAGGUGAUUAAAUUCAACUCUGAAUCUCCCUACAGUAUGGAAACUGUGGUGGUUACUAUAACUCACACAGUUAGCUCUCCACAACCUUAG